AUGAACCCCGCCGAUGAGGACCAGGCCGCCGUCCGCCAGCGCACCCGCCGCGCCCACCAGGAGUUCGUGUGUCUCGGCAUGCUCAAAAACAUCAUGGAGCGACGCGGCCUGACCCUCGUCUCCCCAGAUGACCUGCGGUGCCUCGAAGGCGUGCUCAUCAACUCUCUGCGAUUCACCGACGCCAGCGACCGCCCGCUCUCGCCCGAACGCGGCCACCCCGACACCAGCAGUGCGAGCCAGUUCCGGGACAUAAUCUUCGCACUGCCGUGGCAGCUGAGGAGGGAAUUGGUCGAGUUUUUCAACUCUGAGCCCCUGGAAGACAACCCCUACGUCGAGCGCUUUCGCCGCGGGUUGAUGAAUAGGAAUAUCCCAAUUCCCGGGACUAGGGGUUCUGUCUUUAUCGAUUCGCAGACGGGCCGACCGCGAGUAUUGCAGAGGCCAGAAGUGCGCGUGCGGAGGUAA